UAAGGGCUCAACAUAGUUAAGAGCCUUUCGGACACCAGUAUACCACAAGAUUUUACCAAACGAACGCCGUUUCCUUGUAUCCCUUCCUGACCCCUCCGAUAAUCCUCUUCUCCAUCCGAAGAUACCUUUUCCCCCACGACUCUAAUCCCUCCUCUUAUCUCGAAUCACUUUAUCUACGACUUCGACACAUAACCCGCUCUCCAAUACCUACUACAAACACACUCAAUUCACAAUGGCAAACCAAACAAAAAUGCGAACCUCAGCGCAGGCCAAUGGCGGCAAGCUCUUGCAUGAGCAUAUGCUGUCCCAUGAUAUGCCUCGCCACCGCAUCGAACGCUCCCCUUCGGAUGAUACCACACAGGGAAGCAAGCAACACAAUGGCAGUGGCAGCAACAGCCAAUCCAACUCUGAAGACGAAGCAAACGAAGAUGAUGAGGAAGACAGUAGUGCUAGUCAAGAAGACGACAAAGAAGAUGACGACGAUGCAGACAUUUUUGCCCCGUCUCAUGGUCUUGGCAAGGGUAAAGGUCUUCGCCCUGCCAUUCGCAUUGAGCCCGCUGAUGGUGACGACUCUCACGACGAGGUUGUAUCCCAUGGGGCGGGGCGCACGAACAGUAAUGAUUCCAUCAUGAAUCUGUUUCGUAACAACGCCAACAAUAAGAAGCGUACAUUCAGCAAUCUCUCCAGCACUUCUGUCCUAUUCGGAGAUGAAGACGGACCCUCAGCUUUCCCUCGCCCUAAGAUGGCCCGAAGGCUGAGUCGUACUGUCGACAACGGACUACUAACUUAUCAAGAAGCAUCCAAUGGUGUGGAUGAGAACGCUAUUGCCAGCUCAGAUGAUGAAAACAAUGACUUAGACGAUGAUGAAGAUUAUAGUGGUGUACUGGAAGUCCCCGACGACGAGACUGAUCCUGAGAUGAUGGAGCAGGAAGAAGAACAUUUCAUCAUUCAAGAAGAAGAGCAGCAUGGCAAUGACCUGUUCUCGGCCCAAUUCGACCUUGGUCGACGACAUAGCAUUGGAAGCUAUGGCAGCGACGACAUCCUGAGCUUGUCCAUGGGAGAUCCGCUCACUUUCACUGACCUUGAUUUUGCUCCCACCGAUCAUGGAUUUGGUCAAUUUUUUGAAGCCGAACCCCCCCUUCCCGCUUCCCCAGAACCACUCUCUAAAAGAAAAUUCUCUGAUAGUUCCGCGAAACGUGUGCGUUUCGAUGACGAGGUUCAAGUAUCAGACAGCUCCAGCGAUACGUCGUCGGAGCUCGAUAGUUCCACUUUCCCAGAUCUUUUCAUGGAGCAAGAAAAGCUUCCCCCUAGUAUUUACCAGGAGCUUCUUCUAGAAGACAUUGACUCUGAUGUUGCCGAUCUGCCGUCCGACAUAUCCGAGCAGUCCUACUGGGACGUCGGACAGGACGAGCCUCACAACCUGGGAUCCCUGAAUGCCAACGAGCUUGACGAUUCCUCUGACCCGGGCUCAAGCGGAUAUGAAACCGACAUGGGUGACACUACUGACGAGUAUGAUUCUGAUUUUGGCGAUGAACCUCCCAACCCAAGAACUCCUCGAACAAAGAGGUCUGUACUUCGUCGCCCAGCAUCAGCCCCCACUUCUAGAGUAUCAAGUCCCAAUCCAUUUAGGCGUGGCUCUGUUGUUCCUCCACCCCGUGGAGUUUUCAUCCAUGACGACAGCAGCAAGGCGAUUGCCGUUACCGAUAGGUUCACCAAGACUAUCACCUUCUACCGCCCCAGGUCUGCUCUCGGCCUUCAAAUUUCAUACGACAGCACCAGCAGCACCGCAAACAACAGCCCGCGAGCAUCUCUCCUGCAGCUGAAUGCAUCCGACAGCGAGAUCAACAACGAUAUGCUCAGCAAUGCCUUCAUGGGCUCAGACAUCAUGUUCUCAGGCUUGUUUGGCAAUAGCCAGAACAAUGCUUUGAUGUUUGGGGGUGACAGCAUUGGACCACCCGAAGCUUUCUAUCCGUUCGUCAACAUUGAAAAUGGCAAUGUCAUGAGUGAUGACGACGAGUACGACGACGACGAGGACUACGAGGACGAUCUCAAUCUGGCUGAUUUUAUGGACUUCGGACCCGACGGAGACGAUACCGAUAUCGACCAAGAUGAUGAAACGGACGUCCCAACAACCCCAGCUACCGCCCGGGCGGCAGCUCAGGGUUCGACUCCAGCCCAACCUACCCCAUAUGCCGAGACCCCUUCUUCAGUCUCACGCAACGUCUCCGAUGCCAUGCUGGAACAUUUCGACAGAGCCAACGUCACUGCAUUCCGAAACAACCAAAACCGCUACCGCGACAUCGCCCGUCUUCCUCACGACCCACACGUGCGAGCUUCGGUCUCAAAGCCAAUUCGUUCCGGCCGAUCCGCUGAGGCACUCAUGUCGCCCCUUCGGAAGCGAAGCACCAUGCCCAGGAAACACCGCAAUUCUCCUUUCGCUGGAGUAGCAAAGGCGACUAGCAGGCUCCAAUCAUCCGUCAUGAAUUCCCGUCGUGGACCUCCAAUGGGUACAUUCUCCUAGUGUGUAUCUACCGCGAUCCCUCGGUGGUCCUCAUCCCCACGGUCAAUAAUGUGUAUUCAAUGCUCUUGCUGAGAACGUUAGUUUUUAUGCUUGAGUAGACCUUCCAAAAGAAUUUUGGGUUAUGCAGCCGCAUAACUUCACGAUAUCCACGGCCUUUUCUACUUCCUGUUAUUUCGUAG